AUGACGAGUUUCUCCAUAGCCUGUACCAUCCCUCUCCCUUCAAAAUCGGGCAUUUCAAAGCCCUCUUCUUCCUCCUUUAAUGGCAUUCGAAUUGCGCAUUACUGCCCACCCAGCGCCUUGUCCACUCGGAUUUCACACACUUCUUCUUCUACAGUGGUUAUGAUGGCGAAAAAAGAGGAGGAAUUGAAAGAAAUCAGAACCAAAACUACUGAACAGCUUAACGAUGAGAUUGUCGACCUCAAAGGAGAGCUCUUCAUGCUCCGCCUUCAACGCUCCGCUCGUAACGAGUUCAAGUCGAGCGAGUUUCACCGAAUGCGCAAAAGGAUUGCCCGCAUGCUCACUGUGAAGAGGGAGAGAGAGUUGGAGGAAGGAAUUAACAAGAGGUUGUCAAGAAAGCUCGACCGGAAAUGGAAGAAAAGCAUCGUUCCUAGACCACCUCCAUCUCUUAAGAAAUUACAAGAGGAGGAGGCAGCAGCAGAAGCCAAGGAAUCGACAUGA